UUGAAUAAAAUAUGCAGCAUGUAAACAUUUGUAUAACAAUUUUAGUGCAUUUUAAGAGUUUUAUGACUGUUAAAAGAACUGUUGGUUCAAAUGCACUGUGAUAAUUAAAGUGUCAUAAUUAACAGUGUGAUGAGUAGCAGUGGAUACCGUGGAAGAAGCUUUGGACCACGGGGAGCUCGUACGAAUGGUCCAGCCAAUGGCUUUAAUGGACCCCGAUUUCCACAUCCCAGUUUUAAUCAUCCACGACUACCACAUAGAUUACCUGGUCCUGAUAAAUGGAUAGAGCGUUCAAACUUUGUACCAUGGCAACAGAAUAAAAAUUUUCUUCCUCAUCCAUAUAGAGGCAGUUUACAAUUCCGACCAAAUAAUAGAGGUAGAAUAGCAGGUAGUCGUGGAAUAAUAAGAUUUUCUGGUCCUGGUAGACCAUCAGCUCCUCAGUUUUGUUUGAGUUUUAUAAGGAAUCCUAUACAUAGAGUACCAUUACCCCAAGAAGAACAAGUUGAAGAUAAGUGUAUAUUAAUACCUCAGACUCCUUUGCCUGGUUCUGAAGAAGAACGCCAGCAAAAGAUUUCAGAAACAGCUGACAAACUAAAGCAAAAGUUAUCCUCUAUAACAGAAGAAGAGCUUACUAAUUUUUGGGAAGAUGAUUUGUCUGUUUUACCAAAUAAUGGUUCUGAAGAAGAAAAUAUACGAAAUAAGGGAAUUCCUGAACUUAGACAUGAGCCACCUGAACUGGAUCUGACAUUUACUGACUUUAGAGAUAUAGGCAGAGUUGAUUGCAAUAAUUCAAAAUUUGAAAAUGCAGAUAAUAAAUCUAACGAUGACAUUUCAAUUAGUUUUGAGCAAAAAUCUACAGAUAAUGUUAUAAAUAUAAGUGAUGAAAUUACUAUUAUAGAUGAUAAUAAAGAAGAAUCCCUAACUAUCUUGGAUUCAACAUAUGAUAAAAAUAACUUCAACCCAACAUUGGGAGAUAAUAAAUGUCCUGAACAGAUACAUAGUGAAUUGUCUGAUUUUGAGUGCAAUAUAGAAGAUUUACAGUUGCAAGAUAAUAACAUUACUAAAAGUUUAACUUCAGACUUGAGUGAUACUAAUGAAAAAUUACCAACUUUGAAUUUAGAUGGGAAUAAAACAAAUUUGUUACCAAUAGAUUCAGUGAAUGAUUCAUUAUCAGAAAAAUCUUCAAAUAUAAAUGAUAUAGAAAUAACUUCUAUGCUAGUAUCAACCACAAAUAUUAAAGGUGGGUCAAAGAUAGAUUUCUUACAAAAUCAAAACAUUGAGCAAACAGAUAUACAAGAUGCAAAUAGAGAUAUCACACAAGAUAGUAAUGUAAAUGUACAACACGAUAACUAUACAGAAAUAAAAUUACUCGAAGAUAAUCAGAUUCAAAAUAAUUUACAGACAAAUAUAUCUGAAAAGAUAGUUUAUCAAAAUGUAGAAAGUAUAUCAGAUUCUUCUCAAAAUAAAUCAUUCAAUUUUUCAUUUUCUAAUGAAGAAAUUCAUUCAAACAUUACUCAUGAUUCCAUAUCUCCAACAUAUUCAAAUUAUAAUGAAGUACAUAAAUUAAAUGAUGAUAGAAAAUUAAAUAACCCAUCUGUUUUCCAAACAAGGAUCUUCAACAUACCUCCUAGGUUCACUUCAAGAAAUGGUGGGCCUAGGUGUCAUUGGACAUUUCAACAGACUGGAAAAAAUGUAUUUUUUAGAGGACCUCAGAGAUUACCUUUACAUGGUAAUCAAAUAUCUCCAUCAAGACAUACUGUUUCAUUUAAGACAACUGACUUAGUUCCAGUUGGAUUUGAUCCACGAGCUCCACCACCAUUUAUACAUAAUGUACCUGCUUCAUGCCAUGACUGUCAGCACAAUGCAACAGUGCCAUUUUCUUCUAAUGAUUUGCCUCCUGCCUUUGAUCCAAGUGAACCUCCACCAAAUAUAAGAUCAAAAUCAGUUACUGAGCCAUCUAAUAGACAGGAAAGCCUAAAGUCUGUACUCUGUUCAGGUUUAAGAAGUCAAGCAAUAAAUACCCCUCAAAGCAAUUUAAAAAUUGUACAACCAUCUCCAGCUUUUGAUCCCAGAGAACCACCUCCUAGGAUUUCAAAUGUUUCAGUAACAACUAGUGAAAAGGUACCUGAAUUUAAUCCUCAACAACCACCACCAAAAAUUCAUAAAAGGGAAGAAACUCUCCAACCUCCACCAAUUUUUGAUCCACGUCUUUCUUCUCAAGAACGUUCUAAUUUAAUUACUCCCUUAGACACUACUAGACCAAAUAUAAUGUCACUGAACUUAAUGGAAACAUCUCCAGUGUCAGAUUUUAAUAUUGGUUCUGUUACAUCAAAUUUUCCACAAUUACCUCCCAUAAACAUAGCAUCACAUACAACUUUUAUUUCUAAUGUGCAAAUGAAUUUUCAGUCUGUUAUAUCACAAACAAAUAGUGGACAAGGAAUAAUGAGAGAAUUCCCAAUGCCUCCACCACCUACGAGUAUUACUAAAGUUCCACCACCACUUCCAAAAGAGUCUUUAGUGGGAGGACACUCUAAUCCUAAUCAAAGUUUGAAUAUGGAUGAUGGAUUAGAAGAUAUGCAAGAAGCAAUGGAAUUUGCAAAGCAAAUAAUGAAUAUGACUGAAGAGAUAAAAAAUGAAAAUACAUCUUCAGUAUUUUCUGAAUUAUCCAUGAUACCAUCAGAAAUUCCAGUACCAAAUGAAAAUAUAUGUCACUCCUUAUCAGUAGAGGAUGGAUUUACAAGCACUGCAAAGAAAUAUAGGAAGAAGGAAAGUAAAAAUAAGAAAAAUAAACAAAAUGUAAUUUGUGGACCAGAAUUAAUUAAUGAGAGACAAAAGGAUAUUGAAAUAAGAAAUGAGGAACAAGGUGUACAAAAUCAAAGUAAAAAUAUUGAGGAUAUAUUAUUGACAAACGAUCAAAUAAGACCUAAAGUGGUAUUCAACUUAAAUUCCAAGACAAAGAAAAUACAUAAACCAGAAGAGUGGCAUAGAAUACCUAUAAAUAUUUCUGAAAAUAGAGAAAGCUUGCAAGGUACAAUCCAUAAUUCUAAUAAAGAAAAAAUUCAUUCUAGAAAGCAUUUUUCAGAAAACAGAAAAAGUAAUACAAAUCAAAAUAAAAAUCAAGAGGAGACUAAAAUUAAAAAAAAUUCAACACAUUCUACUCUAAUUUCAAAUAUCUCUUCAUAUGAAAAAUCAAACGAUACUUCUUAUAAUUACAAAAAAUAUACUAGCGAAUUGGAAAAAGUAGAUGCACAAUCUUCAAACACAGUAAUAUCUAAUAAUAUGAGUACACAAAAAAAUAAAAAAUCAAAGAAAGAAUUUAGAAAAGAGGAAGUUCCUACUUCAGAAUCUUCAUGGAAAAAUAGAGUGAUCAGUCGUUUCCUGAAAAUGAGUAAAAAUGAUAUUUGCAAUAUGGUCAACAAUUCAAGUCUUCGUAAAUUCGAUAUUGCAAUGAAACAUUUGGUAAAAGAAAGGAGGUCUUCUCUUUCUUUAGAACUAAGAACUACAGAAGAUGAAAAAAUGAAAGAAUAUGAUAGAGAAGAAUUUAUGAAUCAGUUAAAUGCAAUGUUAGAUCCAAGUGCUGUUGUAGGUAUUACAGAUUUGCCUACAAAAUUCAUUCAUCAUCUGAGUGAAGUUUUACAACUCGAUUCUAUGCCGUUAGAUAAUGAGUUAUCUGAAAGUCAAAAUGUAGAUAUUAAUGAUGUUCAGAUUAUAAGUCAAAAUGAAACUUCAAGACUACAUAUUUGUGAAGAUGCAACAGAAGAAAAUUUAAGAGUUCAGUCUUCCACUGAAUAUCCGAAACUUCAAAAUGUAUGUGAAGAAUGCAUAGAAGAUACAUUUUUAUAUAAUAAGGAAGAACCUAAUCAUUUUCAAAACACAGAAUUAAAUUUAAAUGUUUCGCGAGAAGAUAUCGAUUCAUCACAUAGAUCAUUGUCAAAUAAGUUAAAUCCCGAAGUUGAAAGCACACAUAAAAAGCAACAGCCAUUAUUUAAUGAAGCUGAUUUGGAUGAUAUAUUGUCAGAAGUUACAGAGAAAACAAAAAAUUUACCAAAUACAGUUUUGACUCUCGACUCGGGGAAGUCCUUUGAAACACGCACAGAUGCUUCAUUGAUGCAAACAGUAACAGAAGCUUUUGAAUAUAACAGCUUUUCACAAAUCCCUAAUAAAACGGUAGCUGAUCUCGACGACAUUUUUUCAGCUGGAAUUGCGCGAGUCAAACACCUUGGUAAAAGCAACGCAGAUUUGGAUAAUUCAAGAAUACGUAAAUCUAGUUCUGAAGAUCGCAACACGUUUAGGUCUGAAAGAUAUGAAAGAUGGAAUAGGAAAGAACGAGAAGAUCCUGAUGCAUUUAGAAAUUUAACGAAAGAAGAAUGGGAAGCAAAAUACGGGUCUAUAAGCACUACGAUAACUUCAACUAUUGCACGUGAAAGUGCCUCAAACAGCGCAGAGAAUUUAAGCAAAGAUGACAGAAACAAUUGUGCUCAAAGAUACUGUUCGUCAGAUUCACCUAUGAGACAUUUAAGCAUAAGUCCUUUAACUUGCGAAGCUCCUACACAUAACUUAAAUGUAUGUAUUGGUGAUCCUAACGAGAUAGAAGGUUUACGAAGAGUAGAAAGAUCGGAAAGCAGUAGUGAGUCUAGUUCGAGUAGUUACAGUGAUAGUGAUGAAGAAACUGUUGCUCCUAAUGUGACGAAAUUAUUAAAAGUGAUUAAGGAAAAGGAAAAAAUAGCAAAGAAAAAGUCACUCAAUGAAACAAUAAGGGAUGAAGUAGCUGCUGAGAUAGAAAAGAAAUGGAAAGAGAAAAGCAAACACAAGGAACGAAAAUCUCGCAAACGUGAAAAAAGGAAAAAGGAUAAAAAAGAGAAGCGAAGGAAAGAAAAGAAAGAGAAGAAAAAGAAGAGGAAGCAUAAUUCUUGUUCAGAUUCAUCAAAAUCUGACGAACAAAUCGAAGGAUUCCGAUUACUGACAGAGAAUGAGAUUAAAAAAGAAGUAAUUGUUAAGGAGGAACCAGUAAGUUCGUUUGAAGAGAAUAUUAUCUUGAAUAAUGAAACCAGUUUAGUUAAGAAAAUAGCUGACUCACAAAUAGAAUCUCAAAAUUUACAAAUAGAGAAAGAGCGGGGUCUUGUUACUUAUGAUACGGGAUCUAAGAAUAAAUCCGAAAAAAUUGUUUCCAUGAUAAUGCAACCAAAAACCAAAGCACAACUCAAACAAAUGCCAGAAUCCAAGAACACAAAACAGAAGCAAGUUACAGAAAAAGCAAUCGGACUUACAAAAGAUACCACAGCAAAUACAGAUAACGAAAAAAUGAAAAACCUUUUGGAAAUGAAUAAAGAUUAUGAAAUAACAAAGAACAGUAACGAACGGAUGGAUACCAUUUCAUCUACGAAUAUUUCUUUACAUGAGACUCAUGUAUCUUUAACUGUUAGAGAACCAUCUUCAUCAAUCCAAUCGCACACUGAAACUAUUAGUGAUAACAGUACCACACACACAUCAUUUACAUGUAGCAUUUCAAACCCUGUUGCUGAUGUUGACUUAGGUAAUCAGUGUAUCGAUAAAAAAAUAUAUACAAAUAUUUCCCCGACAGAAAACAAAAGCAGUUAUAAAAAGAUAGAUAUAAAAGCAUACAAAGAGCGCGCGUUACAGAGACGUUUGAAAGAACAAGGUAUGUUAAAAGAAAGUGUCAUAAAUUCUACUUCAUUAAUUCAGGAAUCGUAUCAUACCACACCUGUUAAUAAAUCUAAUACUGAAUCACUAAAUACAAUGAACGAAGUAAAAACAACUGAAAUAAAUGCAAAUAAAAUACAAAUAAAGGAUCCACGUUUAAUUAAAACAGCCGCAACAAGCAAUAUCACUAUAGAAGAUUCUAAUAAGGACAUCGAGAGGGAGAAUAGCUUAGAAGGAGAACAUCAGUCCAUGGAUAUUGUGCACACGAACAAAGAAUCUUUAAUUUCUGUAUAUCUCAAUAAUUCCAAUGAAAAGAAAAUUCAACCAGUAGAUUCUGAUUUACAUACGCUUAAAGAUAAUGUUAAAUUUAAGGAAGGCCAAAUUGAUAAUAAAUCUUCGUCGCAACUGAUUAAUACGCAAGAAUUUGACGAAUUUAGAAGAAGAGAGAAAUUAAAAUUGGGAUCUGGGGAAGAAAUGUCAAAGAAAUCAAUUUCAACUAUCGAUUCUUCAAAAUUUAAAAAUAUUCGAUCAGAAGGAAGUAAAGAAUUGAAAUUAAAGAAAGAAAAAGUUAAGAAAUCUGUCGAGAAAAGGAAGAAACGUUCGAAAUCGAACGAAUCUAAAUCUUCGACAGAAGAAAACUUUGUGGAGAAACAAUUGCAUAAAAAAUUGUCUAACCAUAAACAAGAAUUAUUGAUUACAAGUUCAAAUACUACUGAUCAAAUAAAAGUUGAGAAAAUAGGCAGUCGUGAUAUCGAUAAAAAUUUAUGUAAACUUCAAACUGUUGAAACAUUUUCAAAAAAUAUAGACUCGAUAGUUGAGAACGAAACUGCCCAAGAACAAAUUAAUAUUCAUUCCGUGAAAAAACAAAAUGAUGAAGAAUCUGUUGAUGAUAAUAGAAAAUCCGUAGAUACUAAUAAAAAAGUUGCACUACAAAUUAAUGAAGUGAUUAUAGAAAAUCAACAUAUUGGAAAAGAAACAGAAAAGAUCAAAGAUGAACACAGUUUAAUAACCACUGAAAGUGAAAAAAAUAGCGAGAAGGAAAUUGAAAAACAUAUAACCAAGGCGAAUAAAGAAAUAUUGUCUGAGUUGAUUCCUGUUGAAAGCUUAAAUAAACAGAAAGAUAUAUCUAGUAACAUAUCAUUAAUAGGUACAACCUCGCUUGAUCAUGUUCAAUCAAUUUUCACCGAAAAAUGUAUGAAAAAUACAACAGUUCGUGUUUCGGAUUAUGGUAGCGAAGAAUCUCAUUCUUUUAGUGAACGAAUCGAUGUUGAUAUCGAAGAAAAUGGUCAUUCGAUUAAUAUUAAAUGUUUGAAAAAUGUUAAAACCCAUGAUAAUUCUACUUUGGAUAUGAAUUUGAUUUCAAAAGCCACCAUUGAAAAUGAUAACACAAAUGUAAAAGUAAAUGAUGUAAAAAACCAAGACGAAUCUACAUUUCAAUUGCACGAAAAAUUAGAAACUUCGGACGAUUGCAAUAAUGCUGUAAAAAGUGGAUCAAAAUCUCCAAAUAGUUCAAAUAGUCCAUUCAAGGGUUUUCUUGUAGAUACCACCGAAAAUGACGUUUGCCAGUUACCUCAAUUAUAUCAUACAAAAGUGAAUAAUGAGAGCGACAAAGGAAGCGCAAUGAAAAAUCCUAACCAGUGCUUGGAAACCUGUUUUAAUGAUAAGUCUAUUACAGAGUUUGCAGAGAAGGACAAAGAUAAUGAUAAAGAGUCUCCUAACAAAUUGGAGGAAAAUAAUGAAAUAACAUCAACUUGUAACUUAGUGAAAGAACAACAUACAGUUAGAAAUAAAACAAUAAAUAACAAUUUAAAUACAACAGAUGAUACUAAAAUUGAUGUGACAAUAUCGGAAACCGGAAACAGAAAUAUAACAAAAGAAAAUGAUCCUACUUACAAUCUUUUCCCUGAACAAAAAAAAGUUUUAUCUGUAAAUGAUAUGAACAAUCAUGACACCGUUGACGAGGAUAGUGAACCAUUUAUUGUUUUGGAUAAAUAUAUAGAUGAUGUAGAUGGAAAAUCGAUCAAGAAAUUGAGUACUCCUGAUAUAGAUCUGGAAGAAUGCAUUGCAAGAGAUGCGGACCUUUUCACCACCAAAUCAUUGCAGAAAGAGCAAAAUUCGACGAGUGCUGUUAAAUCGCCGAAUUUUAAUUCGAUAAUUUUUAACGAGCUGUCGCAAGUCUUUGAUAAGAAUAAUUUGGAUAAAGAACAAAAACGGAAUAUUAUAACAACUACGCAUGAAAAAGAGGAAUCUACGUUGUCUCGAGGAAACACUAUUUUUCCAACAGAAUUACUUCCAUCUGAAAAAAAUACUACAAACACCACAGAGAUAAUUUCUUCUACUUCUGAAUUAAAUCUUGAAUCAAAUUCAAAAAUAUCAGAAACUACUAAAUCAACUAAGUCAAAUAUUUCAGAAUCUCCGGUGGAAUGUACGCAAGGUAUUAAAAGCACAUCUAAUGAUAUUUCUAAAAGAUCUUUAACACCUGAAUUAUUUAUUACAGAUACGAUAAUUGAAAAAAAGAAUCAUUAUUGUACCGAUAUAUCAGAGAAUAAUUCCCAACAUAAUCUUGAAUCUCCUAACAUGACAAAGAUAAUAACAACAUCUCUUGAAAAUGAAAUUUCGCCAAACUUAAGCGUUCCAGUAAAAACUGGCACAAAGACAUCUAUAGAGGAUUUUUUGAUUGCCGCAUCAAUAUCUGAAACAAAUUCAACAUUUUCAAAAUUGAAGAAAUGUCAGGAAUUGGAUAGCUUUUCAGAUAAGCAAGCAUUAGUUCCUUCUGAGAUAAGAACGACCAAUGAUAAAGACGUAUCUAUCGAUCCUAUUACAGAGCACGAAAUAUCAAAACAUCUAAACAAAACACCUUUGAAAAAGUUAAAUAAAGGAGGGAAGAAUGAAAUUUUAAAUAACACAAAAAAUAAAUUAAAAAUGAAACAUAAAAAACAGAAACGUAAUAUUUCAGAAACUAUGGUAAAGGAAAUAGUAAAAUCAGAUACAGUAAAAGUUAAAUAUCCGACUACAAAAGAAGCUGUCAUGGCUAGAAUGAUUGAAAUAGACGUUGAAAUUCACAAACUAAUGACAGAAAAGAUGACUCUGUAUCAGAUGCUGACGAACGAUACUUUACCGGGUGACAAUAAUUUACAAAAGAAUAAUGUUAUGCACGAAAAUGAAGAAGUUGAAACAUCAUUGAUUAGACCUCGAACUCCAUCUGUAUUAAUGUCACAAUUAAUUCAAAAUAUCGAAACUAGUCCCGUAUCAAAUCCGUGUCCUAAAACAACUACAGAAUGUUUAUCUGUACAAGAUAGUCCAAGUAAUUCUAUACAGACAAAUAAAUUUAAAACAUUAUACAAACAAAAUCAUCACGUAGGGAGAAAAAGAAAUUGUACAUCCAUUUGUAGCUCUGAUGAUGAAGAAAUGCAUCACCCUGGAGAUAUUAAAUUAACAGAUUCUAGGAAAAGAAAGAAGCAAAGAACUGAAAAAGUAAUUCAAAAAUUAGAAAAUAAAUUAGAUGGUAAUAUAACUACCAAGGAUACACAAAAUACAGUUACAGAAAAGAAACAAGUUAAUGAUGCAAUAAAAUUACCAUGUAAAAACGUCAAUAUGAGAAAAGCAACAACAGAACAAGAGUCUGAUCAAUUUCUAGUGAAUGAAACUAAAUCACAAGAAGAUACAAAUAAAACAUCCAUACAGGAAAUUGAUUCACUUAACAACGAUAAAAUAGAGACGUUUAAAGAUCAAGAAGUUCAAAAAAUAAUCGAACCUACAGAAUCCGAGAUAUACGUUAACAAAAUCGUUCAAACAAAAAUACCAGAGUUCAAUGAAGAAAAUUAUAUAACAAAAAAUAAUGGAGAAGACAUUGAAACUUUAAAUAAAAGAAAUAAUAGAUUAGGUUCACCAGAAAAAUUACCAGAGAGUAGAGCAUCUGAAAGAUCAUCAAUAUAUUCAGAUGACAGUACUUGGGAUUCUAUUCUUCAAAAUUCAAGCAUAGAUGAGCAAAAGAAGUCAAACACGGGUCUCGCUCUCCUAGAAGAAACAUAUAAGAAAGAAAUGGCGAAAACGCGAAAAAUAAAGGCCGAAGCGCGGAAAGAAAAGAAGAAGAAAUUGCAGAACUUACUAGAGGCUGUGAAUAUUUUAACUGCUGACGAGGAGGAGUUACCACUUUCUACAUUGUAUAUUAAAAAAUUACACCAAAAACAGAUGUUACUGAAUUCUUUGGAACAACAAAUGAAACAAGAAGCAAAUGAGGAUCCACAACAUUGGAAAAACGUAGUUGAAGUAAUAAAUGCAGUCGCAGAAAACAAAACAAAUGAGCUUUAUCCUGACUCAUUGGAAAAACAAUUAAUUGGUGGUUCUGAAAGUGCUACAUUUGACAAAAUAAAUUUAGUUGAGGACUCUGGACCUAAAGAGAAUAAAGAAAAGCAAGUAGUAGGUUCUUCUACAUUAAAAAAUAUUAAAGAAGUUUGCCCUGAACUACUUACAGAUGUUAACAUCUCUUGUGAAGAUAAAGAUAAAAGUAAUAAUAAUUCAGAAAAAGAUGAGUUGUUAUCUGGUAAAUUACAAAAAUUUCUGAACAAUGAAUUCCAACGAGAUUUAGAAAUUAAUGUAUCAUCAAAAACUGUAAAGGAUUUACCUAAAACAUAUGUACAUGAUACAUUUAUGAACGUAAAAAAGAAUUUAGUAGAAUUCCCUGUGCAAAAAAUUAUCGAAAAUGAUAACAUAGUAAUUGACCAGCUAACAGCAAUAGAAAAUUCGGAUUCAUCUCUUACAGAGUCUAACUCAAAUAAUGUACACAAUGAUCGGAAUAUCUUGAAUAUUUCGGAAAAUCCAGAUACGGAGAAAACUGAAGGACAAAGUGAUAUGAAAAGCAAAGAAUCUAAUUUACAAGACAAUCUCAAUCUCGUUAAUAUUGAAAAAAAUAUUGCAACUUGCAAACCCACUAACAGUCAAUUAAUACUAACUGAAGAUGUUUUGAAGUCUGAAGAUGUUGGAAAAAAUUGUGAUGCCUCAAUUCAAUCGAGCAAUGGUAAAAAUACUGAAAUUCCGAGUGAAAUUAUACCCAAGACAGAAUCCGAGUCUAAACUAGAUAAUAUAAAUGAAAAGAAAUUACAGGAUUCCUCAGUCUUGUAUGAUAAAGAUAAUAAUGUUGACAAUGUUACAUCAGAAGUAAAUUUUAUGACUGAAAACAAUCACUUUAUAAGUCUGAAGGAACAUAAAAGAUCGUGCAAAAGAAAAGAAGUUGAUCAAUUUAACAAAAUCUCAAGUGAAGAAAAUAAUAAUCAAAAUUGCGCAUCUGUUUCCUCUGUUGAAAACAUAGGGACAUCGAAAAGCGAUGAAACAUUGGGUAGAAAACCUGCUAAGCGUAAAAGAGGAAAUAGUAAGACUCCUCUUCGACGAAGUUCAAGAUAUACUGAAGAACCUGCGAAACGUAUAAAACUAGAAGCUGACGUAACUGCUUCAAAUACCGAACAAGAAGUUCAAGAAAAAAAUUUCAGUAUACAGUUACCAAGUAUGGUAUCGACAUCAGUAUCACCAUGCGCAGAAGUUGAAACAAUAUUGAUAAAUCCUAGAAUUAGUCGCGAUAUUCAAAAACCAUUAAUAAAUAAAAAGCGAUGCACACCCGUAUUUCCAGAAAUUGAAAUUCUAGCUGACGAAUUGAAUUCGAACAAUGAAUCAUUAAAAGGAAUUAAAAGGCAUAAAAAGCAUACAAUGUUCGAAAUGAUGAAUUGUGUAGUACGAGUAGUAGAUUGCAAACAUACGAUUUUGAACGCAACUGCAAACAUAGAUACAUUAAAAAAAUAUAGAAUAUCUACAGUUAAUAAACCUACGUGUCCCAAUUCUACCGAAAUAGAUUCUUUUGUAAGUUCUACACAAUCAGCAUCAACCAAAGAUUUGUCAACUGUAUGCAUAAAACAAACAACUUCAUUGACUGAAUUGCCGCAAAAUCAAACUCCAAAGUUAAUUAAUAAAUUCGAAGAUACAACACAACCAUCUAGCGAUCAAAUAAAUCCCGUUAAAAUUAAAAGGAUAUUGAAAUCUGCAAAGAUGGAUUCAUCUGUAAACGAUAAAGAAUUUACAGAUCCUGAUGUCGAAGUUAUGCCAGUUUUAAUAAAGGAACCAGUUAAUGUGGACAUUAGACAAAAUUGUGAUAAACCAGAUAUUGAAAUCGUUGAAGAAAAAAUGAUAGUUACCAAAAAUCAACAACAUACUAAUUCUGGAUCGACAUUGACUGUGAUAGAUACAAAGGACGAUAAGGAAUUACCAAGAACACAAUAUACAGUUCAUAAAGGUCCUAUUUUAGAUAUUAAGGUUUUUGAGAAUUCAUUCCUAGCUGCAAGUGAAGAUGGCAGAAUAUAUAGAUAUAAUCAAGCAUCUAAUGGAAUUUUAAACAUUUACAAAGGUCAUAAAGCUGCAGUAACUUGUCUAUAUGUGUACAACUUAAACAACACAGAUGUUAGCAAAGAAUGGAUGUUCUCUGGAUCAUUGGAUGGAUCUUUACGAUGUUACAACAUAAUGACUGGAGUACAAGUAAGAGAUACGGCAGAUAUAGGUAGCCCAAUACAAUGUAUGGAUGAAGCAUGGGGAAUGAUUUUUAUUGGAACCAAAUCAGGCCAUGUAUCGCGUUAUCAUAUGAAGUCAGGUGUUAUUAAAGGAAACAGCAUACAAUUCUCGGAGAAAUCUGUAUUAGCAUUAAAAGCAACUAAUGAGGGUCCACGAAGAGUUCUUAUAGUAGCAUCGCGUAGUCAACCGAUUACAAUACGAGACGCUCAGAGCGGCCUAUUUCUUCGCACAAUUUGCGGUCAAAAAAGUCACACAGUGUAUAGUUUGAUGCGAGAUAAUAAUUUAAUUUAUUGUGGUACUAGCAGUACGUCUAUACCGGUCUUCGAUUUUACGAAUGGUGAACAAACAAUGCAGUAUGAUGCUGGUGUAGGAAUCGUGUGUAUGCGUUUGUACAAACAGUUAUUGUUUGCUGGUUGUUAUGAUGGAAAUAUUUAUGUAUUUGAUACAAAGGAUCAUCGACUUGUUUGUAGCAUACCUGGACCUGGUAAUAUGUUAUUAAGUAUGGACGUCGUAGACAAUAAGAUUAUAGCUGGUAGUAAAGAUAAACGUUUGCAGUCAUGGCAAAUGCCUCGAGAAGUACGAUCUUUGCUAUAGAAGGUGAUUUAAGCUUGAACUGAUAGAUCCUAGUCUAGUCGUGCUCCUAAGAAAAAUAUUAUUAAACUUGGGGGACAAUUUAUCUAUAAUAAAUUUCUACGAAGUAAUUGUACAGAUUUAAAGGACUUAAUUUGUAAUGUGUAUAUGUAUGUAUGUAUGUAUAUAUGCACUCGUGCGCCCCUCAUCCCUCAUACACACACACAAAGUCUUAUUUACGAGUAAAUGCACAUAAAUAAUAUAAAUACAUUUGUACAAAAAAUUAGAUAAAUUAUUAAUAUCGCGAUUGAAAUAUUUUAUUAUUUCGCGAUAUUCAGAGUAUAUUUAAAGAAUGUAGUAAAUUCUUGUUCUUUAUUCGAUUUUGUCAA